AUGAACGCUGGUCUAUGGGACUUUUCCGCUACCUGGCUUGGCCUGGUUGUUGGUCUCGCCGAGGCCAGUGUCAAGUUUGGCACAAAGGACCUCAGCACUGAUGUCUCGGAUCGCUGGCUAGAUGAGCCUACCGAAGCGUAUAGCUGGCUGAAAGACCAGAUGCGCGAGUUUCAACGGCGUCGCCCUGAGAUAUCAGACAUUGCUUCUGACGUGCCGACUUUCUCAGAGGAUAUGGAUGUGCGCCAGCGUGCUCGGAUCGACGAUAAGAUGGAUGCCAUCAAUGUGGCCAGCCCAAGUGUCAUCCCGCCAAACCUCGAGCUCUGGCACUUCAGGAGGGCCAUGCAUACCGAGUGGGAGGAGAUCCUUAACCGCUUAAAUCUCAUUCAGGUUCAGCUGGUCACCGAGGAGGACGGUGAUCCAGAGAUCGAGGUGCUGAACGCGGAGGGUAAAAAGUUGGAGGCGGAGCUGGAUCAAGUGAAGGACAAGUACAAGGCGGCUGGUGGGCAUCAGGAGAUUGAUUAG